AUGGGAAAAACACAUGGAGGAUUAACUCGUGCUGGAAAAGUAAGAAACCAAACCAAGAAGGUUGAGCAGAUUGACACUGGUGUCAAGAAAAGACCAAGUGGAAGAGCACGUAUAAGAGAGGCAUUUAACAACAGACAAGAGUUACUCUCUGGAGAAAGAAGAUUCAAAUUUAAUCCUCAGAAUUAA